AUGUUUGGAAUCAUCGCGGACUUGAUGUCCUCGGUGAUUACGAUCCUCUUCCCUGUAUUUGCCUCUUACAAAGCCUUGCGCUCCUCUGAUCCGUCACAACUUGCACCAUGGUUGAUGUACUGGGUUGUCCUCUCGGGCAUUUUGCUGGCUGAAUCAUGGACGAUUUUCAUUCUGGGCUGGAUCCCGUUCUACAGCUGGUUUCGACUCUUUUUCUUCUCCUAUCUCGUACUUCCUCAGACGCAGGGCGCAAAGAUCCUGUACCAGACCUAUAUCGACCCCUUCCUGGAACACCAUGAACGAGAGAUCGAAGUGUUUAUCGGCCGCUUCCAUGAACAAGCCAAAGCCCUUGGGCUUCAAUACUUCUACCAGGCCAUCGAUUACAUCCGGGAGAAGAUUCUGAGAUUGCCGGGUCAACACCCUGCUCCUCCACCUCCGCCAACCGGCCCCGCUGGAUAUGCGCAGUCGCUCCUCUCUCGAUUCUACAUCCCUACCGCUGCUGGCGGAGCGCAACAAGCUCCCGCGAAUGACUGGUACUCCACGAUCAGCUCCGCCGUGGCAGCAUUGACUUCCGCAGGUAAAAGCCAUGAAGCGCGGGCUGAAGAGCUGUCUGCCAGCGGGAAUCUCUUGCCGCGAGAACUGGCUGGAAUGUCCCGUGAGGACAAGGCUAGCUUUAUUUCCAAGCAGCGCGAAGUGAUUGAGGUGUUGCGCGCGGCAUUGGCCAAGGAAGAGAGUAACCUUGAUAGAGGCGAUGUGGACGACGGCCUUGCAUAUGGCUCCUCUCUGAGAAAGAAUCGCAGUGACAACUCGUUUGACCAUAUCAACCCAGAAGACAUUCGUGAUCGAUCUCCGUCAAGACCGGAAAGAUCGUCCAGUGGCAAAUGGACGUCGGGAUGGUUUGGCAGCGGAGAGCCGGCUGCUUCCUCUGGCGUGGAGGCUAUACCACGCGCUGCUAACGACGUCCCGCGGUCAAGGGGAUCCCACCAUUAG